AUGGAAGUUUUCACGAAAGAUGAUUUUAGUCUAAGUAGUAAGAAUCGUAAAAAAAAAAGAAGAAGAGCAGUGAAACUGUGUUCAAAUUGCAGGGCUAGGAAGACUAAAUGCGAUCUCAAGAGACCAACUUGUACAACCUGCUUGGUAAAGGGAAUAAAUCACUGUGAAUAUACAGCAUCAAACCCGUAUGCUGUUAAUUUAGAUAAUGAUGGAGCUAGAGUCCUUGAGAAAGAAAAUGAUAAUUUAAGACUAAAGAUUAAAAAAUUGGAAAAGCAAAGUGAUCCACAGGAUCCAAUAAACAGCAUUAAAAUUGACGUGGAACAAUUUCAAACUAUUUUCGCUAAAGAAACUCGUUCAAUUUUCUGCGGUCCUACUUCCAUUAGGAUUUUUUUACAGAACCUGAUGACAAGUGAUUAUUACAUGUCGAAGUACAAAUCGGUCAAAGAGCAAAGAAAAGAUUGGAAGUUUAUGCAUAGACCAAAAUCGGUUCAACCCAAUAGUCUAAUACAUGCAACUCCCAUAGGCGUCCUUAUAGAACUAGAAAACUUUCUUCCAGAGUAUUCGAUAUUGUUAGAAUACGUAAUGCAAUUUUUUAAUGGUUUCUGGUUCAGAUUUUUGCCUAUUGUUGAUCGAGAUGAGGUUUUGCAAACUUUUAGAACUCAGUUUAAAUUAUCCCACAGUAAUAUGAGAUACGAAAUCGUUAUGCCAGAUAAUUCGCAAGGCUUUGCCAGUCUUGCCUUAUUAUUGACGAUCCUUAAAUUUUCUCUAAAUUCAGACUCGCAUCUGUAUGGCGUAACUUUCAACAAGUUCGAAGAUGAGAACGAUAUACUAUUAGAGUUUAUUACAAAAUUAUUAGAUCAUGCUCAGUAUUUAAUAAAGACUACUUUGCCAUCCCUACAAGCGCUUUUAAUGUUACGCAUUUUCAAAAUGUUUAAUACAAAAGAUGGUGAUGGUGGUGACGGAAGCAAUGGCAAUAUAACUUUUGCAAUAUGCUUUGAAAUGGGAAUUACAUUGGGUUUACACCAAAACAUCGACAGAUUAUAUUACAAAAAAUCAGAUAAUAACAGAAGUGUUUUGAAGAAUCUUUGGAAGCAUUUGCUUUUUUAUGACACCAUUAACUCAUUUAAUCUAGGCGUACCUUUUCAUCUUUCAAAUAAGUGCUUGAGGAAAGAUCUCUUAGAUAAAGAUGACAUACUUGUUGGAACAACAUUAAUGAUGAGAAAAUACUUGAAUAUAAUUCUAUCACCAAAUUUAACCUAUUACGAUGUUAUGACUUCUUUGGAAGAUGUGAGAAGCUUUGUCUGCAAAAGUUUUAAACCUUCGUUUGAAUUAAUAAGAGAGUUUGGCACUACAUUUAGUUUGGAUGCUUCAUAUGAUAUAGUAUUACAAUUCUUUUUAUCAAAUUAUUUACUUGCAAUGAUUCAACACGGAUACUCCUUAUUGUAUUACGUUUUGAAAGAUACAAAUAAGGAGUUAAGUAGAGGGUCUCAUAAUCUUGCAACUAAAUACGCGAUGCUAUUGGUUAUACCAUAUGUUGAGUUUAUUAAGAAAGCGAAGCUUCUAGACUCUGGAAUUUAUUCGAGAGCAACCAGAAAUGAGAUUUAUACUUUUCUUAUGGGAAUGGAAAGUAAAUGGCGAGCCAUGGUAUUUUGCUUUUUUUCAUUACUUACCGUUAUGAAGUCUGAGAAGAAAAAUGUCGAAAACAGUAUAACAUUAAACCAUUUUGUUCUAAAGUUAUCUGAACUUACAGUUACGGAGAAGGAAACCCAGAAUAUAUAUGAUGAAGAAUACGGAGAGACAAAAAAUGCAAUAUCGCUAAUCAUGGUAAUAACUCGUUAUAUUGAUAUGUUGGUCUUCUUGGAUACUAAUGGAGAAAAAAAACCAGGGAAUCUUGUGAAGUGUAUUAAUAAUUACAGCUUAUUUCUCAUAAAUGCUUUAGUUAACAGUUUUAAAUUAUUUUUAGAGCAAGAACCUAAAUUUAAACUAACACCGGAUUUUGAUCAAAUAAAGAUAGAUAUAAUUUAUGACAUUAUAGAGGAAUCAUAUCCAAGUUAUGUGAAUAUUAAAUCAUCUUUUGAUCCUUUGUCAGUUCUAAAUGUUUUUGAAGAAGAGUUGGUAGACUAUUUUAGAAAUGAUUUUUUUGCGCUUUAG